AAAAGACCUGAACACCAACUAAAGUAAUAAAUUGUUAUCACGGAUUAAUAAAAACAUAUUGAUUGUCAUAAUUAUUCCUCGUGCCGUACGGUAUCAAUGGUAUAUAUUUUAUGGUUACUGCAGCUUGUCCGCGAUAAAAGAGAUAUCACUGGAGCACCGAAUACAAAAUAUUUUAUAAACACAAUCAAUGAAAAGUAAACACUACAGAAAUAACAAUAAUUGACGUUAUUAUAUUGUAUCAUUGUGAGACAUUUGAUAAGCUACACCGAGUGCACGAAUACGCCUCGUGCAGGACGACAGAACGAUAUUUUAUCUACAUUCGCAAUUCGUAAAUUCAGGAACCCUCAAAGUUUUUCUCUAUUUCAAAUAAUAAUUACGAUUAUACCUAUGGACAACUUACGCAACGAGGUUAUUAUAAAAGUUAAAGAAGCAAUACGAGCAAAACUGAAAGAAAUGAAUGCAAAUAGCAGUGAUGAGAUAAUUGAUUAUAUUAUGCUGUUAGUUACUACUAAAAAAUCUAGCUCUGAGUUGGCGAAAAGUAUUGAUUUUGUGAUGGAGAGUAAUACAACUGUUUUUGUGAAAUGGUUGUCAACAAUUAUUAAAAAAUUGCAACAGGUGACUGUCAGUACUACAAAUCAGAUUGUAUCAGAUAAUCUAAAAACACCUGAAGAAAGUGUAACAAACGACAACAAAAAUGAAAGUGAUAUUAUUUCAAUCUGUGAAACUAGUGAUAUAAAGCUCAACACUACUGUUGAAGUAAAAGAAGAUCUUCAUUUGAGUGUUGAAAAUGGAAAAAAUAUACAAACAUCUGAAAGAGAAAACCAUCAAAAUUGUUUACCUGAAUUAAAUGUAUUUAAGUCAGAAAAGUAUGAUGAGAAUACAAUAUCUUCACCGUCAGACAAAGUAAAACCAAAAAUAAGUUUUUCACCAAUAGAAGCUAUUAAGAGUAAACAUGACCUACCGAUAAAUAAAAAAAGCACUGUUGUAAAACCUUUACAAAAAAACCAUCCUACUAUUUUUAUUAAUCCUAUUGUUGUAUCAAAACAAAGUAUUAACAAUGAUAAUGAAAUAGUUGAUGGUAAAAGAAAAAGACCUCGAAUAUCUAUAAACAGCGACAAUGAAGAUGAAAAAAGUUUCACGUCUAAAGCAAUACAUCCAGUCACUAGUAAAGAAACAAUUAAACAAAUUGCAAAAGAUAUGCCAAAGAAAAUUAACAAAAAAACCAUGUCUCAAGUUGUUGUUGUUAAAACUCAUUGCAAAAAUAACUUAAAUGAAACUAGAAAGAAACUAAAUAUGCAUGAUUUUAUUGCACAGCGAGUCGAUCAUCAGCGAGGGGCUUUGGCCUUGGAUACUGCAUUCAAGUACAUUCAGCAACAAAUUGGUGCGUCAGAAAAAGAAAUUGCUGUUAUAAAAAAAUGGAGGGAUUAUGCUGUAGACAUGUUACGCCCCAACAAGAAUGAAUAAUAUUUUAUCUAUGAUGUUCAUAAUGAUAAAUUAUUUUAUUACUGAAAAUGAUUCCUUCCGACAUUAGCAUAAAAGUAUUUAAGCUUUAAAAUAAGUCAAAAUUGUUUCCAAAAGAAUUAAAAACUACUUAAAAAAUCUAAAAUAUUUUGGACUAAUUAAUGUUAUAUUUAUUUGGUUAAAAGUGUACAAUGUAUUUAAAUAUUUAUUCUAAGUUUAAUAUCUGCAAGUAUUAAUAUACCAUUAGGUAGAUUAUAUUGUAAUUUAGUUUGUUUAUGAUUCUUUGUAAAUAGCAUGUGACCCUGUUAUUUUAUAAGACUGAAAUCUAGAAAUAAUAUUUUUUAAUUUUGGAUGUUCGUAUUCAUUUAUGCAAGCAUCUAGUUAUACGAUUUUACAAUGGUUCAUAGUUUAUUCAUUUGUGAGAAUAAUGAAUAUGCAUAAAAAAGUAUGAACAAAAUAUCAUACUUAGUUAUACAAUAAUGAUUAAAGUCACCUAUAUUUUUAUCUAGUAUUAAUGAUGAGCUAAAGUUGAUGUUGAUGUACUCGCAUAAAUAAAAUUUGAACACUGUACAAAAUACUCACAAUAAUGUGGUGUACUAUUUGCCAAUUAUCUAUUUUGCUUUUUCAGCUAACUUAUUUUUUUUUUUUUAAUGGUUUGGAUUGGAUUUUGAAAUAUUUUGGAUGUAAUUGUCUGCUACUGUGAUCUGUGGUAUAAUGUAUGAAAUAAGUUAAAUUAAAUAUAUUUGUGACAUAUUUAUGUUAUAGUAUCAUAACAUGUUCAUAUUUUGUGUAAAGUAUUUACAGUUUUAUACAAUAUCAAUGUAUGUAGUAUUGUAUGUGCAAUAAAAGAUGUUUGCUGAGACUAAAUA